AUGCACAUUUAUAGUGCAUAUGAUGUGCUUCCCUGUGACUCUCAAGGGUCAAGCUCGCACAUGUUUGUAGCAAAUAGAAGGAUCAUCAAAGAUUCAUCUCACUUAUCGGGAGUUCAACAGAAUGAGGGGGAAUCCAUCAAGGAAUACUUUCACAAGUUCUCCACUGAAGCCCAUCAGAUUCUUGGAGUGGAUUUGGAGUUAGUCCUUCUUGAAGGGCUCUGCUUAGGACCUUUCUAUUCAUCAAUAAUGCAGGAGACGUAUGCCGACCACGUCGUUGACAUCCACCUAGUGAAUGCCGAUGGGGAGAUUUUGGAUAGGGAAACCAUGGGAGAGGAUCUCUUCUGGGCGUUAAGAGGAGGAGGAGCUGCCAGCUUUGGAGUCAUACUCGCUUACAAGAUAAAGCUCGUGCAAGUCCCUCCAAAGGUCACAGUUUUAUCCAAAACCUUAACUUUGCCGCAGGGCGCCACAAAAGCUGUGGCAAAAUGGCAGCGGGUGGCUUACAGCGCAGACAACAGACUUUACAUCAACGCAGGAUUGAUCGUGUCGAAUAAGUCCGUGCAGGCCGACUUUAGUGGCUUGUUCUUGGGUGAGUUGCCGGAGCUGCUUCUAAUAAUGGAGCAGAGCUUACCUGAGCUAAAAGUGGCCCGUAAAGACUGCAAGGAAAUGACUUGGAUUGAAUCCGCAGUGGUCUUCUCCUCUUUUCCAGUAAUGAACAUAAAUAGCAGCCAGCCUUUGAGUGUUUUGCUUAAUAGAAGUCCGGUGGCACCCAACAUUUCUUUUAAAGUGAAGUCUGAUAUAGUGACUGAACCCAUAUUAGAGCAGAGUUGGGAGAAGAUAUGGAAAUAUAUUCUCAACGGAGGCGAGCAGCUUGUGAUGCUUGUGGAGCCACUAGGAGGGAAGGUUGCAGAGAUAGCAGAGACUGAGACACCAUUUCCUCAUAGGAAUGGAAGUAAGUUUGUGAUACAAUAUAUAAUGGUUUGGUCUAGGAUUGGGAAAGAUGAAGCAAAGAAGCAUAUUGAAUUUUUGAGAGGGUUUUACAAGUUCAUGGCUCCAUUUGUUUCGAAGAAACCUCGAGCAGCUUACCUAAACUUUAGAGAUCUGGACUUGGGGCGAAACACAGAAGGUGUUAUAAGAUACAACAAAGCGAAAGUAUGGGGAAGCAAAUACUAUAGUGUCAACUUCAAGAGGCUGGCAUAUGCCAAGUCUAAGACGGAUCCGGAUGACUUUUUCAAAAAUGAGCAGAGCAUCCCGCCACUGUUUUAUUAA